GGACUUUACAUUCAUACUUUAUCAUAAUUAUAGAAAAUUCUUGAUCAACUUGUUAUUGCGCAAGUCUCUUAGUGCUAUUAAGGAAUUAAAAGGAAAAACAGCCCUUACUAUUAUUACUUGGGAUUUUAUACUACAAAUAAUAGCUUGAUCCAUUUUUAUCUUGAUUCUCUAAUGUAUGAUAUAUAUUUAAGCUACUAAAAAAUUCUUCUUGUAUAGUUAUAGGCCUAUUUUGCACGCCAAGAACAUUUUUAGUAUUUGAUUAACUGUGUGCCGGUAAAUAUCUGCCUUCAGAAGGAAUUAGAAAAUUAAUUUUGUUAUGGGCCUAUGCUCGUUAAGGAAAAUAAAUAAAAAUAGAAAUUAAUUUUAGAUUAUUUUUAUUAAAAUAGUAAAUAAUUUGAAUCCUUCAUGAGUGAUAAUACCAUAAGUUUUUGUUCUCGGCUGGGUAUAAAUUAAUAUAAUAACCUGUAGGGGUUUAUCUACCACGCAAAUCUCAUUAAAAAUAGAAAAUGAUCAGACUGAAGAGAAUGGCCGUCGGAGCAAUUAGAAGUUUCUCCUCAAAGAUUACUCCUAUACCUAGAAUUGCUAUUAUUGGAAGCGGACCUGCAGGAUUCUACACAGCUCAACAUUUACUAAAGUCAAAUUCAAAGUUACAUGUUGAUAUUUAUGAAAAACUAUUUGCACCCUACGGUUUAGUACGUUAUGGAGUUGCGCCUGAUCAUCCAGAAGUGAAAAAUGUUAUUUCAACUUUUUCAAAAACAGCAAUAAACGAUCGUUGCAGAUGGAUAGGUAAGUUAUUAAACACAAAACAAAAAAGUCUGCUAAAUUGUAAAAAUAUUGAAAAAAAUCCCUUAAAAUACUAGGAAAUGUUGAAAUUGGUAGAGAUAUAAGUAUAAGAGACAUGAGAAAGGCUUAUAGUGCUCUUGUAUUUUCAUAUGGGUGCCAAAUAGAUAAGUUACUAAAUAUACCUGGUGAAAACUUAAAGGGGGUGUAUUCAGCAAGAGAAUUCGUUGAAUGGUACAAUGGUUUACCGUCAGCAUCAACUUUGAAUCCAAAUUUAGAUUGCGAGGAUGUUGUUAUCUUAGGCCAAGGAAAUGUUGCCAUAGAUGUAGCUAGAAUGUUUCUUAGCCCGCUUGAUGAAUUAAGAAAGACUGACAUUUCCGAAUAUGCAUUGGACAAAAUUAGUAAAAGUAGAGUGAAAAGAGUUCAUUUGGUAGGCAGGAGAGGUCCAUUGCAGGCUGCCUGCACCAUAGCAGAACUGAGAGAGCUAACAAAGUUACCAAAUUGUUUUGGCAUAAUUACUCACCAAGAGGUAGAAUUCUUAAGAGAAAAAAUCAAGGAACUCCCUAGGCCUAAGAAACGUAUGAUGGAACUUAUGCUGAAAAUUGCAGAUUCGUCUAUUGAUAACAAAAUAGACUUUCAAAAACAAUGGAGUUUAUCUUUUUUCAAAAGCCCUCUUGAAUUUUUACCUAGUGAAGAAAAUCCUGAUCAACUUGGAAAAAUCAGAUUUUCUUUAAAUAAAUUAAAAGAUAACAUUGCCUAUCCAACAGGAGAAACAGUUGAACUAUCAACAAAUUUAGCGUUUAGAUCUAUUGGGUAUAGAGGAGUUGGUAUACCAGGCCUUCCGUUUGACUCGGAAAGAGGAUUAAUACCCAAUAAGAAUGGGAGUGUAAUUAAUGAAAGAGGAUUAUACUGUAGCGGCUGGAUUAAAAGAGGACCUACUGGUGUUAUUGCAACAACUAUGAACGAUGGAUUUGAAACGGCAAAAACUAUAUUAGAAGAUAUUAAUUCUUCUAGAAUAGAUAUAACUUCUGACCAAUUGGGUUUCGAUGGCUUAGCAAAUAGUUUGAAAGAUAUAAAAGUUAAACCUCUCAAUUAUCAAGAUUGGUCAAAAAUUGACAUGAUUGAAACACAAGUUGGGACUGCUAAGGGAAAAUCACGUGAAAAAUUUGUAGAUAUUCAAGAAGUUUUCAAAUUAUUAGAUCACUAAUCCAAAAUAAGAUAUUUUUUAUCGAUUACUUUCAAUAAUAUGAAAAUCUAUUCGUUAUCUUUUUUCAUCAUGACUAUUAUUAAUUUAACUUUUUAAAAUGUCAUAUUGGGAAUUUUUACUUAAAAUUUAUGGCUGUAAACUUUCUGAAUUUUUUAUGGAAAAAUUUCGAAUACGUCGAUAU